CAGCAUUUUUAUUUCUUAAAGUUUAUUUUCUUAUGUAAAUAACAAGGGACAAGGAGAAUAAGAAGGAGGAAGCCAUGGAGGCUGACAGUACAGAGGACAUUGAGUCUCUCAUGGAGGACAUGGACUACAUCCCUGGCCACUUCCACCUAGACCUCAACCUCAACUGUGAUUCAGUCGGGCCUGUGAAGCUGAGACUCAGGGACACUUAUCUAAAACAGGAGAGCUUGCGAGGCGAGCUCGAGGCUGAAGCUGGAUAUCUACAGUACGCCGUCCGAAAUCUGCUGGGUCUGUUGGCUUUUCACCUCGAACAGCUGGACACAUCCGAGGAAAUAUUCAGGAGCAUUUGUAAAGAAGAUCCUGGUAACCUCAAUGCCUGGGCCAACCUGGGCUAUGUGUACGACAAGCUGGGGAGAGAGCUUGAUGCGGGGGAGUGUGUGGAGAAAGUGUCCCAAUUUAUGGGCUUAGAUGCUGGAGAGGCCUCUCAGGAAGAGAUCAGACUCCUGGCGGCCCGCUGCCUGGCGGAGCAGGCCUAUGUGUAUCCCCAUGAUGUGGAGCUGGACAAAGAGGAGGACCUGAGAGAGAGGCUGACAGCAGCUUUGAGACUUUACAACAGAGCCCUGGACUAUGGGGAUCAGCUGAUACCACUUGAGGAAAAACGAAGCUGGUAUUUUAAAAUGGCAACCAUCUAUAUAAGACUGGACGACAUAGUAAAGACCAAAGAAGACUCUGAAUACUCCAGACUCUCUCUCUACAAUAAGGGACUGAAGCUUCUCAAAGAAACCCUAGCAUCUGAAAAAACACGAAACAAAGCUCUUGCCUGGUGUUACGUUGGCAUCAUGUUGGAGAGGAAGGAAGAAUUCACCACUGUGCCCAUGUCUAUACACGACUGUGGCUACUCAGCCUCUGAACCUCUGUCCUGCUAUGGAACUGCUAUAAACUUGGCCAGCGAUGAUGCAUUCACCCUGAACCUUCUGGCAAAGGUUUUCUUUUUGUUGGGCAAACAUGAGAUGGCCACAGGGAUCUGCAACAUGGCCUUAAACGUGCUCCCAGACCCAGAGCUCAACUGGGAGGCCUACUGCACCCGUGCCAAGAUCAAUAUGAUGCUCUAUGUCAGGGAACUGGAGAAGGCCAAACAUGGUCAUGGAGGGAUCCCAGACCGACAGAAUCUAACUGAGGCCAGAAAAGACUUGGACAAGGUCCUGACUGUACAUCCAUGUCUGCGGACUCAUCUAGAGAUGGCACAGAUUUUCUACUACAUGGGUGUAGAUGCACUCCAGGAGAGUCUUUUAGUGGACGAGGGGGCAGUGAACAGUGCAUUGGUGAGCCUGUCCCAUGCCCUUCAGUAUGAGAUGGGUGACACCUUGCCGGACCUCCACAUACUCAGAGGACGCUGCCUCCUGCUGAAGGGCGAGGAGCAGAACGCUGCAGACUGCUUCAAACAGGCUUUGGAGUUAGAGAGACCAGGGGGCACAGACACCACAGCCCUGCGCUGCCUCCUACAGGUCCUACUGGCUCUGUUCAUGCAGGGUGGCCCUGACCCAAGCCUCGCCAUCACCCAGCUGGAGCUGUGGGUGCAAAAGGCUGAGGAGAGGUACCCUGGGGACAUCGUGAAGGCCGAGCUGAGGUGCCUUUACAGGACUCACACAGCAGAGGUCACAGAGUUAUCCAGGGCUCUGAUCAGGACAGGCAGACUGGACCUAGUGAGAAGGCUACUGGAAACGGUGGUGCCUAAACAGCUGGUUAAGAGGAGACCACUGGAAAAGUCUUUCUCCUUUACAUGAUGCAAAUAUGUGACUUUAAAUGAUAUACAGGCAUGUGCCAUGCAGUAAUUAAUGAAAUUCUUGACACCAUUUCACAGAUAAAAAUGAACAGCAGUGGUGCAGUGCAAUGUGAUUAAGCUGCCUUUACUCUAACUGUGUAUGUUUUAAGUCACAAUCCUUCUAUUAUUAACUUGUAUAAUACUUUAAUUGGAAGAACAACUUAAGGGUUGGAUCUACAGAGCAGCCUACAGUUACAGUGUUACAGUGGAUAUUUCUUUUAAGCUUGCUUUAUGAUGGAAUAUGUGAUAAGUAUAUAUGUUUUCAUGCCAAAUAAGAUGGUCACAACUUUUUGGAGUGUUGAAGUUGAAGAGUCAAUGGUUGAAUGUAUUGAUAAUAUAAUAGGUAUGGUCAGGAGGCUCCAUUGGCCCUUCCACAGCGGCCAUAUAAAUGACUGGCAUCAUUUAAAUAUUACUAAGCAGAUAUAAGAAUACGUGUGUUGGGCUGUGAGAGUGACUCUGAGUCGCAGACUACCUCUCCUUGAGUGGGAUAUUAUAAUGCUCUACCACUGAUGACCAGCAGGAUAAACGUUUCUGUUUUUUGGUGCAAAAGGAUUAAAUCACAAGCAUUUAAUAACUUUAAAAUGGCUAUGA